GGUGAAAAAUCUUAUAAAUGUGAUGUUUGUGGUAAAUCAUUUACUACUGGUAGUAAUCUACUAUCACACAUGAAAAUUCAUAAUGGUGACAAAUCUUAUAAAUGUGAUGUUUGUUGUAAAUCAUUUACUGGUAGUAGUAAUCUGCAGACACAUAUGAGAAUUCAUACUGGUGAAAUGCCUUAUAAAUGUGAUGUUUGUGGUAAAUCAUUUAGCCAGAAAGGACAUCUACAGGGCCAUGUGAGAAAUCAUACCGGUGAAAAACCUUAUAAUUGUGAUGUUUGUAGUAAAUCAUUUACACAUAAUUGUAAUCUACAGAAACACUUCAGAAUUCAUACUGGUGAAAAACCCUAUAAAUGUGAUGUUUGUAGUAAAUCAUUUACUACCAGUAGCAAUCUACACAAACAUGUCCGAGCUCAUAAAGGGGAAAAGCCUUAUAAAUGUGGUGUUUGUAGUAAAUCAUUUACUGAGAGCAGUAGUCUACAAACACACAUUAGAAUUCAUACUGGUGAUAAACCGUUUACAUGUGAUGUUUGUAGUAAAUCAUUUACUGAUAAUAGUGGUCUCCACCAACACAUGAGAAUUCAUACUGGAAAAAAACCUUAUAAAUGUGAUGUUUGUAAUAAAUCAUUUAGUCUGAAAGGUAAUUUACAGACACACAUGAAAAUUCAUACUGGAGAAACGCCUUAUAAAUGUGAUGUUUGUAGUAAAUCAUUUACUGAGAAUGGAAGCCUACAGAGACACAUGAGAAUUCAUACUGGUGAAAAAACCUUAUAAAUGUGAUGUUUGUAAUAAAUCAUUUAGUCUGAAAGGUAAUUUACAGACACACAUGAAAAUUCAUACUGGAGAAACGCCUUAUAAAUGUGAUGUUUGUAUUAAAUCAUUU